UAGUCACGACGAGAAAAGGAAAAAAAAAAAGAAAGGAAAGAGAGGAGGAAGUCGAAAGGGUAUACGCGAAUAACAAUAUACUCCGUAGGAGAAAUAAAUUCGCGCGCGUGGAGGUCGACGGCGAUUCGGAGAGACGGGAGUAACAUGCCAGUGAAGUGCGUUGUCGAUCGGGAUAAUUGUCACGAGACACCGCUAUCGCUAUCGAUAUCCGCGCAGGCAAUCACAUCGAUACCCACGCUUACCGCCGCGUCGCACCGCUGCUCCUGAGGUAGGAGAAGAAAAUAGCAGUCGAUGACGCCGAUGACGCUUGUGCGCCGCCGAUCGUGCGAACGCAAAAUAUAACCUCACCCUCACCUUACGUGCGUAAGAUGCUCCAACUUUUAUCGGUUCAACCGGAGGCACCGCUGUUUCGAGAAAGCUGAUCGACGCACGCUCGUCGUGUUCGUGUGUGUGUACGCCCGCGUGUAUCGCACGUCCAACGUUGUUUUCGCAAUCAUUAACGGAGCCGUUCAUCAUGAAAGUUAUCGUGAAGAAAUUACAGGGAAAAGAAUGCGUCGUUGAUAUAUUGCCAUCGGAGACAGUGUUGGAAUUGAAACACAAAGUGAGUGAUCUCUUAGGCAUCGAUGUACCGCAACAAAGAUUAUUACUCACCGGCAAAACUUUAGCGGACGAGAAUCCACUAAGUUUUUAUCCGGGAAUCAAAGAUGGCAGUAAAUUAAAUCUCUUGGUAAUUAAGAAAGCGGAGGAGGGUUCCAGCGAGGCAAAAUCUUCGCCGCAACAGAAGUCGGGCAUUCAUCUGUUGAGAGAUGAAGUUACCCGAGUGCUCAGGCAUUACUACACGGUAUCUGAGACAGAGUCCAUAGUCAAUGAGCUGAUAAAGGACUUAAAAAACAAAGUGAAUAGCCUUAGUUACGAUGAUCUAGAAAGACUAGCCAUUGCGUUACUCCAGGACCAAGAGAACGUAGCUUAAGAGUAACUCAAGAUUUUUUAAUUCUGCUUACCGAUUGAUUAUUGUAAUACGAGUUUAUUUAAUUGAAGCAUUGUCUUAUAUAUAUUGCGCCUCCCAAUAAUUGGUAUUUUGUAAUUAAAUGUAUUUAAAUCAUGCGAGAUUUAAAAACAUACCACUUUACGUUUGAAAUUAAACUUUAAACGUAAUGUCACUUUAUUAAAAUUGCUGUAUACAUGAGUCGCAUUGCGUCAUAAAUAAUUAAGUUAAUUGUGUAUUGGGAAAUUCUGAAGGAUCUGCCAGGUCUAAUUGACGGAAGUAUCUUGCUACCAAACAGAUGAAUAAAUUCAGCGCCCCCAGCUCCUGCGCGUCCAAUUCUCUCUAAAAAAAGAGGACAAGGAUAUCGUUAGUAAAUUCUAAUAUAAACUUUUGUAGAUAUAGAAGAAAAGUUCAGUCUCUUAUUUUCUCAACCUUUUGUAAUCUGAUGAAUGCAUGUUUUUAUUAUCGCCUGAAUCUUUUUCUAACACUGGAAACAACAUUGCAACAGCAUAAAUAGAAGUUAUGCAAUAAAAAUGUUUUGUUAAUAGAAA